CAUUUUGACAAACCACCUAUAUUUAUCACGACGAUAAACUGGGGAAUAAAAUUCAUCUAGCUAUGAACGCAUGACAUCUAGUGAGUAAGAAGACCAAAAAAUUGAAGACUCAAAGUAGGAAGCAAUAACAGUUCUUGUGGAUUUAUUCUUCUUCUUCUUCAUCCAGAUAAUUAAGUGAAGAACAGAAAACCGAUGUCCCGAAGGCGCAAUGCUAUUGUAGCUGCUGGAUUAGUUGUUUUUGCCACAGCUGGUUUGACAUUUCCUUUCUACAUGGCAUCAUCGUCUAAGAAACAGCCUGUCAUUGACUCAUCGAAACCCUUACCACCUCAGGCAACCUUUCGAGGACCAUAUAUCAACACUGGUUCACGUGACGUUGGACCAGAUCAUCGUACUUAUCCAAAAAAUUAAAAAGUUUUAUGGUUACCUGAGUAGCAUUUUCCCUGAUAUUUGUUGUAACUGGAAUUCUAGAAUGUGAAUACUAUAGCCUUAUAAACUAUUUUGUUAGACAGUAAUAUUGAAGUAAUAAAGGCAUGUUGCAAUCAAUUGUAUUCUUGCAUGGUUGUUUCAGUGCAUCGUUUUAUAA